AAAUGAGUCCUGGGCCCGCCUCGCCAGGAGGCGGCCUCGGCGUCUGGAGUCUGCGGGGCUGAGCAGGCGCCGGGGGCGGCAGCGCGGCGGGGGCUUGCCCCGCCAGGCCUCCCCCUCCCGCGUUCUUCGGACCCUCGUUCUGAGCACCUCUGAUCCUCCCGCAGCCCUCCUUCCAUCCCCUGCACGCCCGGCCUCCAUUCAGCUCCCUGCACGUCUGCGCUUCCUCUCUUCCAUAGCAGCCCAUGCCUCCCUCUCUCUGCGCCCCUUCCCACCUUGUCCCCCGCCCUUUUCCUGCACCUUCGCCCCGCACGCGUCCUUUACACCCCCUGCUUCCAUUCCUCUCCCCUGCCUCCUCCUUGCGACGCCUCCCUCCUAGGCCCCAGCCCCUUCUCCCCUCACAGGUCAUUUCUGUCCCGGCCUCACCACCGUAGCCUGCCGCUCCCCGCUGCCCUGUGUCUGUCUCCUGAGCCCCCUCAGGGUGGGAGCCGUUGUGGAGCGGCACAGCUGGGCUCACCCCAAAGCAGAAUCUCUCCAUCCUAGAGGACCGUGGGAAGGCCUCUGGGCCACCCGCUAUGUAACAAUUGAGGGCUGUGGCUUGCGGAAGGCACAAGUGAGCUCACUGCCCUGUACUCCAGGAAAUCAGGGUUCUGGCUGUGGGGUGACCCAGCUCCUCUGCUACCAUGAACAGGGCCCCUCUGAAGCGGUCCAGGAUCCUCCACAUGGCGCUGACCGGGGCCUCCGAUGCCUCUGGAGAGGCAGAGGCCAGCGGGGAGAAGCCCUUUCUACUGCGGGCAUUGCAGAUCGCACUGGUGGUCUCUCUCUACUGGGUCAUCUCCAUCUCCAUGGUGUUCCUUAACAAGUACCUGCUGGACAGCCCCUCCCUGCGGCUGGACGCCCCCAUAUUUGUCACAUUCUACCAGUGCCUGGUGACCACGCUGCUGUGCAAGGGCCUCAGCACACUGGCCAUCUGCUGCCCUGGUACCGUGGACUUCCCCACCCUGCACCUGGACCUCGGGGUUGCCCGCACCGUUUUACCCUUGUCAGCGGUCUUCAUUGGCAUGAUCACCUUCAAUAACCUCUGCCUCAAGUAUGUGGGUGUGGCCUUCUACAAUGUGGGCCGCUCACUCACCACCGUCUUCAACGUGCUGCUCUCCUACCUGCUGCUCAAGCAGACCACCUCCUUCUAUGCCCUGCUCACCUGCGGCAUCAUCAUCGGUGGCUUCUGGCUGGGUGUGGACCAGGAGGGGGCAGAGGGGACCCUGUCCUUGAUGGGCACCCUCUUUGGCGUGCUGGCCAGCCUCUGCGUCUCGCUCAAUGCCAUCUACACCAAGAAGGUGCUCCUAGCGGUGGACGGCAGCAUCUGGCGCCUGACCUUCUACAACAACGUCAACGCCUGUGUCCUCUUCCUGCCCCUGCUGCUGCUGCUCGGGGAGCUGCGGGCCCUGCGGGACUUCGCCCAGCUGGGCAGUGCCCACUUCUGGGGGAUGAUGACACUGGGCGGCCUCUUUGGCUUUGCCAUUGGCUAUGUGACGGGACUGCAGAUCAAGUUCACCAGUCCCCUGACCCACAACGUGUCGGGCACGGCCAAGGCCUGUGCCCAGACGGUGCUGGCCGUCCUCUACUACGAGGAGACCAAGAGCUUCCUCUGGUGGACGAGCAACAUGAUGGUGCUGGGGGGCUCCUCGGCCUACACCUGGGUCCGGGGCUGGGAGAUGAAGAAGACUCAGGAGGAGCCCAGCCCCAAAGAGGGUGAGAAGAGCCCCUUGGCCGUGUGAGCUGGAUGAGGACCCUGGAUGGCCUGGCCCUGGGGGGAUUGCUCAGGUGGGGUCAGAGCAGCAAUGAAGACUGUCUGCGCAGACCCAGAAAGGGGCGGUAUGUUGCGGCCUGGGUAUUGCUUACAGACCUGAUCGGAAUGUGGUGGCUGAAAAGGAGCCAGUGUUUUCGAGUAAUAUCAGAAAGUCGCCACAACUUUUCUUUGCCCUCUUUCCUAUUUCUGGGUGUUUGUCCUUCCUUAGGGAUCACCCUAGAGGGAGUGACAGCCCUUCCUGCCCCCACCCAGGGCCUGUCUACCUCCACGUCACCCUGGGGUUGGGGAUGGGCUGCAGCUUUGAAGGGACAGUAUUGGUAUAGCCAUGAGGUCUCCACUUAUACUCGGGAGAUGGGGACGUGACCACACCACAGCCACCUGAGGGGAUCGGGAAACCUUACCUCUCCAGCAGGCAGGCGGCGGAGCUUUGGCCCCACAAACCAGGCCUCCUUCAGAGGAGCAUGUGAGCUCCCUCUGAGACCCGCAGACCAGGGACUGCUGGGAAGUGGCCGGUGAACGGGGUGGAUCAUGACAAAGCACCCACUGCCUGCACCCUGUAUUUCCAGCUUUUGAACAUGGGGAACCACACACUCUUACAGGUUAAACAGGGUCAUUAACACCCUCCCCCAACCGCUGACACUAGAUUUACCUGCCUGGCUUCUCUGCCCCUGAGGGGCAACUGCCUCUCUGGUGUCCCAGCACCUGGCAGAACUACCCGGCUCAGGUAACAGCCCUCUGAAAGUGGAGCCAGGGAGCCGCUUCUCCCCUCUCCCAAUUCUGCCUCCCCCAAAGCCUUCAUCCCCAAGCACAGCCAAUGGAGCAAGUGUCAGGGGCUCAGAGCCUCCUGCCUCAGCCGUGCCUGGCCCCCAGAUCCCUGCAGGGGGUGCGUGAGAAUCAGACUCUGAGCCUCUUCCCUUCUGACGGUGAUAAACACAUUUACAUUCUUCCCUGAAGCUGGGGCUGCAAGAACCUGCUUGUCCCCAGUCUCAGUCUUAGUUUAUUGAGCUCCUA